UUGAUUACUUUGUCAGAAAUUAAUAUUUUUUUUUACAAAUUUUCUAAUCAUUAUCUCUUUAAAAUAUUUCCUUUUCAAAUUCAAAAUGAUCAUGCGCAGGCUCAUGAAGCUUGUGCUAUUUUCUAGUACCAUUUACUUGGUCAAAGAACUAGGAGUUUGGGACGAACCAAUCAAACCCACAAGCAGUAAACUUGGAAUAGAAGCAGAAGAACCUUUGAAGACAAAAAAUUCAAACGACAAGCCACAGGAGGGCACAGAUAUUGGAACCACUAUAUCUAAAGAACUCCUAAAGAAAAAAGAGGAUUUAGAGAAAAAGUUUUGCCCCAAGGGCACCUUCUGCGAACCCCCACCAAAGCCUCUGGGCGAAACCAUUGGCGAGGCAUUUUCUAAGACAUGGGUGGCCCUAAAAGGUAUUCCGUCCUACUGGAGCGCAACCUUUGAAAAGGUGGGCGUUAGGAUAUGUCAGUUCUUCAGGGGAGAUAAAUGACUUCACAUAUAAAUAAGCAUCUUCAAA